AUGGAUGAAGAGGAGCAGUUUGUGAAUAUUGAUCUGAACGACGACAACGUCUGCAGUGUCUGCAAGCUGGAGACAGAUACUGGAACCUUAUCCUUCUGCCACGUCUGCUUUGAACUCAGCAUAGAAGGUGUCUCCUCUGCCUCCCUGUUGCACUCAAAGUCCCUGCGUGGCCACAGAGACUGCUUUGAGAAAUACCACCUCAUUGCCAACCAGAAGCUGUCACGCUCCAAGGUCUCCCGCAGUGCCUACGAGGGCAUGAAGCUGGCCCUCAGCCAGAAACUGAGCCGCAUCAUCCAAUACGCCCAAAACAAAGACUCCGUCUCCUCUGAUGGCCCUGGCCGACGCGGGGCCAAACUCUGCUACAACCAGCAGAGUGAUCACAAGCUGCUGCCCCAGUCAGAUGCCCAGGUGCCCCGCUACACACCCCGCUGGGACACGGGCAAUGCCACAGGCCUGCCUGAUUACACCAUUGGGAUGCUGGAGUGCCACACAGCAGAGGAGCUGGGGCUGCUGCAGGAGUCGCAGGGCGACAUUUGGGCCAGCAAUGGAAGAAGGGGUCGACACCACAGGACACAGUCUUCUGGGACAGACCAGAGACAGAACAGACACCACAGCCACACUAGAGACGAAUUGGUUAAAAUGAGCAUGGAUGAGCUCCAUCAGCUUAAUGGCCAGCUUCUGAUGCAGAUUCAAAAGGUGUUUGAGGAGCUGACCGUGGCGGUGCAGGAGAAAGACUCGUUGGCGUCCGAGCUGCACGUGCGUCACAUUGCCAUCGAACAGCUCUUCAAGAACUGUGCCAAGCUGCCCUGGCUGCACAUCAGCAGGGCCGGAGUGAAGGCCAGCAGCAGCGGCCCUGUGGAGUGAGGUCCUGAAACAUAAGAGAGGGAUGAUGGGCUGGGGUGGGGGACAGUUGUGCCUGUCCGACCCUCCACCUCACCGUGCUGGUUGCAGCCAGGUUGAAUCAUGCCUUUAUGUAUACUGAAUGACAUCUCAGACAUCAUGGUGAUGUGGUGUUGAGCUUUGCACUAGGCCGUGGGGUUAAGGGUGUUGAAAUGACCUCCCCUCCCCUGGUUAACGUCAUGAUAUCAGGAUUAGUGCUGGUUUGCGGUUUUAAAUACACGGCCAGUCUGGCAUGCGAUCUCAGUUCUCGGAUGCUAGUCAGGCUUUCAUUCUGUUCCAUGGCUUUGAUGUUUAAAUCAGAAUGGUUCAGCAGGUCCAAACUAAAAUCUCCCUUUACACCCAGCAUUAACAUGCAUCUCUGCUAUACACCUUAAAAUCUGACUCUUCUUUUCCACGCCAGAACACAGAACACAGGCACAUCACUCCCUUCCACAAUAUUUAUACCUUUUUAAACUGACACUAACAUCUUGACUUGAUGGUUUCCCAAGCAUCAGCUCCCUGACAGUCCCAUUUUUUGGGAUGUGUGUUAUCAACUGAGCUGCCUGUCACUGCAUAAAAUUUUUUUCUGUUUGUGUAGUUUGUAUAAGCAUAUAAGAGACGCAUUGCAUUUACCCAAAUGUUUUCCCAACUACGUUCAGAGGUGGUUCGGGUGAUUGGAUUUCCAGUGUGUUGGGGAUACAUUUACAUAUGGAUUUUAUGUGAUUUAAAUUUACAGAAACACAAUCCAGUCACCCAGGAUGCAUGUUAAUGCUGAGUGGAAAGAGGUUUAGAGGCCUCAGGCUACAUAGCUGUGGAAGGUAAUUGCUUUGUCACCUCUCGUUUGUAUUUGACAAAGGACCCUGCCUACGUAAAACAGUGUCCUUGGGAUCCUCUGGUUACAAGAUGAGGAAGUGUUCUUAUCGGACAUGUUACCUCUAUGCAGACAAUGGUGUCUUUUCAAGAAUGCCUGUUUAGAUGUACCUUUUACAGAAUGGAGAGCUUGUCUAUGUAUUUCGAUGUAAAUGGUUGCUGUGUUAUAUUGUAUUUCAUUUUAUUUAUUUUUUUCUGGCGAGAGCUUCAGUUUUCAUUCAUUGUAGCUUAAUUUUACAAGUGUUUUGACUUUUUUUUUUUUUUAAUAGUUCAAAUGCUGAUAUUCAAAUGUGGGUAUUGGCACUGCUUUGUACUCCUCUAUGUUUUGGUUAGAUGGUUCUCUUGAUUCUGUGGUAACUUGUUAGCCAAAUCAUUAGUGGGUUACAGCGUUUUAUACGAUGGCUUGGGUGAAUCCUUGACGCAAAUUGGCUGGAAGGUGUCCAUUAUGUUCAUAAACCAGGCACCGCCAGCUGAAGUUUUUGAUUGCCGUUCCAUUUGUUGUGCUAACAAGGUUUGAGCUUUUAUUUCUUCCAGCUGCACAUUAGCAAUAUAAUGGCUUGAAUGAACGAGUUUUCAAAUUGCCUUCAACUGCCCAAAUUUGACGUGAUAGUUUCUGGUAACAGCGGCCCUCAAAAAUAAUGUUGUGCAGCUGAUCAGCUUUUACAUUGAAACAUGUUCAUACCUGUUAACAGGCCUGCCAGAGCCAGUUUAAAAACAAGGGGAAAAAAUACAUUUUCCUUGUUUUAAAAAGGACUCUCUUGCCACUUAAAUAGAAAUUGAAUAUAGUCAACCAUCAUUUAGACAGGUUUCCUCCAAAUAAUGCAACUGUUUAUUGCUGUAUCCAGCAAUGAACAGUUUUCAAUCAUAUAAACAUCCAAAUAUGAAACCAAAAGUACCCGUAGCCAGCACUGCAUCAAAGGUAAAUAAUGUAAGAAAAACAUCAAUGAGUAUCUUAAUUGCAACAAGACUGUGAGAGCAAAACAGGUUUUUGUUCAUAGGUGUGAUGAAUUCAUUUUAGAAACACAACAAGCACUACAGGGGGAACUUUGCCGCAACACACAAAGUGGCUAACUUACUAAAACAGUUCACCUAAAAAAAAAAAAAAAAGAGAGAGAGAGAGAGAGACUACGGAAAAUCAGGGUUAAAUCUUAACCUUGUCAAAUUGCCGUGAUAUAAGCAAAAAUGCAGCAGACAUUUCUCUUUAAGUGUAAAUACUCUGUUAAUAUUUUUAUCUUUUUUUAUUUCUAGCUUUUAAACAUGUUUUAACUGCAUUUAAACUAUUGUAAUGUCUUAUUUCAAUUAAGAUAACUGAACCACAGCUGCUAUUGCUGGUCCAAAUCUACUUGAUACUCAUUAUAGUGCCACUUGUUGUGUGUUGCACGGCUGUCACAUUUAUUCUUUGAUUGAUUUUAGAGUGUUAUUGGUCGACAAAAUUGUGCACUGUUGGCAUUGUGGUUCAGCCACCAAACCAAAGCCUUCACGUGUACGAAGAACAGAACGCCAGCUUUUCACACAUGGCCUACAAGUGUUUCACCGUCUUAGAUUUCAAAAAUGCAAUUAAGAUACUAUAACAGACUCAUUUCAAAUGUGGCUCAGUGGUUUACUUGUUAGGAUAAAUUUUACUCCACGUCAUUUUGUUCUCAUUUGGAAUAGCCACAGCUCAUGUUUUCAUCAGACUUUUCAUUUGUCUUUUAAGUCUUUCUUUAAAGAUGAAACUGUUUUGUUUCUUUGCCUUCUUUAUCCAUCAGCGAGAGCUAAGUGGAUGUCACAGAUCACAGCAAUACAAAUGGGGACAAAACAGGAUAGCCUUGUCUACUCUGCCUCCUGAGGUCACAGUUUCUUGAACAGGAGGAGACAAAGGAGGCUGUUGAAAUGAUUACUCUGUGAUUUACUGAUGAUUAUACCCACCCCUCCCCAUGACUUGGAUACUAGCUGAGGGUUGACCUCAAGGAAACAGCUACAGUUCAACCUCAAAUUAAACAGUAAACAGUUAAACAGUGAACUUGAGAACUUUAGAUGGUUCUGAUAUAAGCCCUGACAAUUUAAUUUAUUUGAUAAGGCAGGAAAUUCAGGUUUCCCUGUCUUUUUUUUUUUUUUUUUUAAGAUAGGCUCAGGUUUUAACCUGGCUAGUUAGAUGAGUGUCAGGCACAGAUGGUGGGUUGGAGACUCAAAGAGUAUUUGGCAACCUUUGCAAGAUUUAAAAAAAAUAGAUAUUAUUUGACUAUUCAGGAACCCUAUGCAAGAAAGAGACGUUUAGAAACAAAUCAGAAGCCUUAUAGGUGGAAAACAUCUCAAAUAAAAUUGGGUAUUGAAGUUUUUCUUCAAGGUGGUCAUUGGGCUACCAAAGCGUAACAUCUGGGAACAAACCCUGGGAUAUACUUAGAUUGAUGUUUUGAAAAACUCAACUUAGUCAGUGUAUCUCUUUUGCUCUCUUUAUAAGAGAUUAAAUGUAUUUGACCCCUUUAGGGUUAAAUGAAAGGUUUUAGCUCCAUUUUAAACUUAGCUUGUUUUGUUUUUUUGUGUUACUUUUGGAUAAAUGUGUAAUCAGUGUGCUUAGUUGGUAAGUAAAUAAGUAUGCUUUUAAUUUUGUAUCUUGAGUCUGAAUGCUGUGUAUGUUUACUGUGGAAACAUGUCUGGGCCAAUGCCUCUGCUCAGCACAAAAUUCAAGCUGCCUGUUUUUGUUUCUCUGUCUAUGGCGGGUCCCAUUAUGUUUUAUUGAAGACGUAAAUAUACCCGUUACAUUUUCACUCCCUACGUUUGGACUUGACUCCUCAUGCACCUGUUUUGUAUUCAUGCAUACGGCUUCAUUUGUGAUGUGUGAUGUUUUUACAUUGUAUUUAUCCUGUGUGUUCACGGAGCUUACAGCCUGUGUGACUUGUGCUCAAGUAAGUUUGUAUUUUUUCUAAAGUAUUUCAAUAAAAUGAAAUUAUUUUUAAUACA